GGAGGCGGCGGGAGCGGCUCCGGGGAGGCGGCGGGAGCCGCGGGUGGUGCCGGAGGCGGCGGCGGAGGUGCCGGAGGCGGCGGCGGCGCAGCCGGGCCUGCGCCGGGCUCGGGAUCGGGCGGCGGCGCGGCCGCGGGCGAGUCGUGGUACCUGGCGCUGCUGGGCCUGGCCGAGCAUUUCCGCACGUCCAGCCCGCCCAAGGUGCGGCUGUGCGUGCACUGCCUGCAGGCCGUGCUGCCCCGCAAGCCCCCGGCCCGCAUGGAGGCCCGCACGCACCUCCAGCUCGGCUCCGUCCUCUACCACCACACCCGCAACGGCGACCAGGCCCGCGGGCACCUGGAGAAGGCGUGGCUGAUAUCCCAGCAGAUCCCCCAGUUUGAGGAUGUGAAGUUUGAGGCAGCCAGUUUGCUGUCGGAGCUCUACUGCCAGGAGAAUUCCGUGGACACGGCCAAGCCCCUGCUGCGCAAAGCCAUCCAGAUCUCCCAGCAAACUCCCUACUGGCACUGCAGGCUGCUCUUCCAGCUGGCUCAACUCCACACCCUGGAGAAGGAUUUGGUGUCGGCCUGCGACCUGCUGGGCGUGGGGGCCGAGUACGCCCGCGUGGUGGGCUCCGAAUACACCAGAGCCCUCUUCCUGCUCAGCAAGGGGAUGCUGCUGCUGAUGGAGAGGAAGCUGCAGGAGGUUCACCCGCUGCUGACGCUGUGCGGGCAGAUCGUGGAGAACUGGCAGGGCAAUCCCAUCCAGAAGGAAUCCCUCCGAGUCUUCUUCCUGGUCCUGCAGGUCACACAUUACCUGGAUGCUGGCCAGGUGAAGAGCGUGAAGCCGUGCCUGAAGCAGCUGCAGCAGUGCAUCCAGACCAUCUCCACCCUGCACGACGACGAGAUCCUGCCCAGCAACCCCGCCGACCUCUUCCACUGGCUGCCCAAGGAGCACAUGUGUGUGCUGGUCUACCUGGUGACAGUGAUGCAUUCCAUGCAGGCAGGGUACCUGGAGAAGGCUCAGAAAUACACGGACAAAGCCCUCAUGCAGCUGGAGAAGCUCAAAAUGCUGGACUGCAGCCCCAUCCUGUCCUCAUUCCAAGUGAUUUUGUUGGAACACAUCAUCAUGUGCAGGCUGGUGACGGGACACAAAGCCACAGCCCUGCAGGAGAUUUCCCAGGUCUGCCAGCUGUGCCAGCAGUCUCCCAGGCUCUUUUCCAACCACGCUGCCCAGCUGCACACGCUCCUGGGUCUCUACUGCAUCUCUGUCAACUGCAUGGACAAUGCAGAAGCACAAUUCACUACAGCACUGAGGCUCACAACCCACCAGGAGCUGUGGGCAUUUAUUGUCACCAACCUGGCCAGCGUCUACAUCCGGGAAGGGAAUCGGCACCAGGAGCUCUACAGUUUAUUGGAAAGGAUAAAUCCCGACCACAACUUCCCAGUGAGUUCCCACUGCCUCCGGGCCGCGGCGUUUUACAUCCGAGGGCUCUUCUCCUUUUUCCAGGGAAGAUACAACGAGGCCAAGCGUUUUUUGCGGGAGACGCUGAAGAUGUCGAACGCGGAGGACCUGAACCGCCUGACGGCGUGCUCGCUCGUGCUGCUGGGCCACAUCUUCUACGUGCUGGGCAACCACCGGGAAAGCAACAACAUGGUGGUGCCGGCCAUGCAGCUGGCCAGCAAGAUCCCGGACAUGUCCGUGCAGCUCUGGUCCUCCGCCCUGCUCCGGGACCUGAACAAGGCGUGUGGGAACGCCAUGGACGCGCACGAGGCGGCGCAGAUGCACCAGAACUUCUCUCAGCAGCUGCUGCAGGAUCACAUCGAGGCCUGCAGCCUCCCCGAGCACAACCUCAUCACGUGGACGGAUGGACCCCCCCCAGUCCAAUUCCAGGCCCAGAACGGCCCCACCACCAGCCUGGCCAGUCUGCUGUGAAUUCCCGGAAAAACUCCCGGAAAAUUCAUGGAAAACUCCAGGAAAAGUCCGGGAAAACUCCGGGAUCUCCACCAACAUCAUCCCGGGAAGAGGAAAAAACAAAACAAAAGCGCCAAAAACUCGGGAAAAGAAACAAACAAACAAAAAAAUAAUCUCCAUGGAAAAACUUCGGAAUUCCCUCUGGUAGUGAGAGAAAAGCAGGAAUUUUCCAGGAAUUUCCAGAGCCUCCGGAGCUGCUUUUCCAGGUGGGAAUAUCCAGGUGAAUCCCAAGGUUUGAUCCUGGUGGCAAUUCCCAGGAAAAGCUGGGAAUUCCGGCGGGAAGCUCCGAAUGCCGGGGGAUGAGGAAAUCGGGGAUUCGGAUUCCCGGCUGGAAUUCCCCGAGGGAAAUUCCCGUUCUUUGGGGAUCCCGGGAUUUCCCCGGGCCCAGCUCUCCCCAGCCUUUGGCAUUUGGGAAAAAUCAGGAAUUUUCCUGCUGAUCCCAGAUUUUUCCAGCCUCGAAGGCGCCCGUGCCUUAAGGAUUCCCAAAUUCCGGAGGAAAUCCGGAUCCAGCCGGAGCCGGAGGCUUGGGAUGAAAUUCCGGCCUUUGCCCUCGGCACAAAAUUCCCUUUUCCAGGUUUUUUCCGGGUUAAAUUCCCUGUUUUUUUGAAUUCCCAGGUUUUUUUUUUUGUUGUUGUUUUGUUAAAUUCCCAGUUUUUUUGGUUAAAUUCCCAGGUUUUGUUUUGGAUUUUUCCACCGAGUUCUCCCAGAAAUCUGGGAAUGCUGAAUCCCACAAAAAAAGCUGGAAGUUUUCCCCGGGAUUCCGGCAGUGCCCGGGGUGGAAUGGAGUUGUUUUUCCCAGUUGGAAUUUCCCCAGAUUUCUGGGAAAACAACUCUGGAAUUCUUGGAGAGAGGAAGAAAACCAAACCCCUGGAAAUUCCAGGGAUUUUUGGGAAUUUUUAAAUCCCACCUGGAUGGGAACAAACCUUAAAAUUCCCAUAAAAUUCCCAUCAUUUUCCCUUCCCAAAUCCCAAAUCGUUUUCCAGAGCAAGGAAUUUUUUCCCACCCAAAUUCCUGAAUUUUUCCCUCCGGGAUUCAUUCCAGGGAUGAAAUUUUUGGUCCCAUUUUCCGUGGAUUUUCCAGGUUUUUUUUUUUUUCCAUGGAAAUCCCGGUCCUAAAUCUCCUGGAGAACUCCCAAGGACCAGGAAAUCCCUGGAAUUUUGGGGAGCGAGGAUCAGGAAUUUUUAUUGCGGAAUUUUUUCGGAUUCAGGAAAACCCUCGGUGCCGUUGGAACUCCAAAAAACCGGGAAAAAAAUCCCAAAGAAUUCCCAAAUCCGGGGAUUUUCCAGCCCGAAUCCAGGGCUGGAUUCGCUGGGAUCCCGUUUCUUUUUUGGGAUUUUGUCCAGGAAUGUUGAUCCCCAUGGAGAACCGGGGGAGUUUUCCCAGUUUUUGAGUUUUUUGGGAAGCGAAUUCCCGGUUUUUAUUUCCUCUGGAAGCCCCUGGGGUGCGACAAAUUCCUUGGAAUUUUUUUUUUUUUUUUCCCUUGGAAUUUUCCUGGCUUGGGAACGGCUGAAAUUCCCAAAUCUCAUCCAGGAAAUCCAAAUUUUCCCCUUCUAACUCCAGAAUAUUCUGGAAUAUUCUGGAAUUUCAGGCCCAACUCAGCUCUGGCUUGAAAUGAUUGGGAUGAAAUUCCCGAAUUUUAUCCUGGGAAAGCCUCAGGAUGAUCCCAAUCCCAGGGCAGGGACACUUCCACUAUUCCAGGCUGCUCCCACCUGGAUUUGGCCGCUUCCAGGGCAGCCAAAUCCCGAAAAAAUUGGGAAAAACCCGGAAAAAAAAAAAAAUCAGGAAAAAUUGGGAAAAAUCCCAAUCCCGGAGAGCUGCGCUCGGGAAUUCCCCAGGGACUUUUCCAGGGAAUUCUCCAGCAGUUCCUGUGGGAAAAGAGCCUUUCCCAACCCCCCGGGAGACACCGAGGAAGGAGCAGAAUUCCCGAAAAUUCCCAAUUUUCUACCUCGGGUCUCCCAUAAAAAUCCAUCAAAUCGCUGAAAGAUCCGGAAAAAAUCCCUUUGGAAUUCCGUGUGGGAUCCCUGAGCCGGGGCCCGGCUCCCGAGGGCUCUUCCCGCUGCCGGAAUUCCCGAAUUCCCGGCGGAAAUUCCCGGUGGAACUUCCCGGGGCCGAUGUACAGAGCUUUUUACCAUUGUAUAUUAAAUUAUUUAAUAGCUUUUUU